CGUCCCAUCUCGCAGGGCCGCCGCCGUCGUCUUCGGCAGGAGCAGGAGCUUCCUUGGCCGCCAGCCCGCAGUACCAGGACGACCCCUCCCGCCAUCGCGACUUCGCGUCCCGGCCUUCUCGCUGCUGCUACCUCCUUCGCCUCAACCCGCCGGAGAUCGCGCGUGCCGCUGCAAGUCCCUCGAUCGUGCCGGCCACUAGAGCUGUUGCUGGCCGAUGCCUCCGACGUGUGCCUGAGUCUCCUCGAGCACCUCCCUGCCUUGUACGGCUGUCGCAUCGUCAUGCUCCAGCGCCGUCUCGAGCUCUUCAUCCUCGACCUCCAUGCCGUCCCGGAGUCUCUCGUCGCCGCUGCAAGGUCCAGCCUCUGGCCGUCGUCGCCACCAUUGCUUCCUGACCUCUUCAUAGCACGCGUGCCGCAGCUGCCUGGCGCUGUUAACGUCAAGACGGUGGUCACAAUAACCGUGGGUGCCAAGUUCCUCUUCCGAAAUCAUCAAGUGCACGAGGACCUCGGUCCCGAGAACGACUACCACACCGGAACGCCAAGUACAUGGAUACGCCGAGCUUCUCUCCGAAUGUGUGUACGACUACCAUAGCGCCGAAGACCUUGGAUGCUCGAAGAGUACCGAACGAAACGCCAAGUACCACUAUCACCGAGUACGACUACUUCCACGAUGAUACGAGAACAACUACCAUCGACCCUCGAAGCCUCCAUGGAGGUCAAGUCCCUCGCCGUGAUCCCGAACAUCUAUGGAAAAUUGGCAACUAAGAACGUGAACGACUACCGCCGCCAAGAUAACGAGUACCUCUACCGUCAUCAUGUACCCCUACUUCCACUACCGAACGUCCCGAGAACGUCUACUUCCCCUACACCGCUUUGAACUUGAACCCCUCCGAUAACGCACGUUUCGAAGGUAUAACCCCGAGAUGACCGUCCGAGAAUGUUUGCAUAUGUUGUAUGAGAUGCACCCGUUGUCUGCACC